UUAGCUAUAGCUGGGAGAAUAACCUGUAAAUUCAGUGUAACUCUUGUCAAUAGUUUAACGUUUUUGCUUUACUUUCUGGCUAAAUUCUGCAUCAUCCUUAAUAUUUCGUGAUGAAGAAACAAAUCCAUAAAUCAAAUAAGGAUCCAUUAACUCUCUACUAUCCCCUUUAUGCCGUGGCCAUGACUUUCGGAUCAAUUAAUUUAGUCUUGGGGACGUAUGAGUACGGAAAGUCUCAACUGUUCCUCAUUCUUCCAUCCGUAUUCAUGCUGGCUCACACUGUCUUCAUUUUUGUUGCAUUUUCAAUUCGCAAUUUCGAAAAAUCGGAAGGAUUGGUCAAUUAUAUUUACCGUUUUAACAAUUAUGGCGCAUUGAUAAUUGGAAUUGGAUCGUUCAUUAGUCUUUUUGAUCUGGACAUUUAUUACCAAGCAGCUCCCACUUCCCUCAUUUCUGAUAUUUUCGGACUGUUUUUCCUAUCCUCGAUAUAUGUCGCCCUGGGAUAUUCGAUUAACAAAGAGGCGAUAAAUACUUGGACAAUUACGUCACGAUGGACUCUAACCGAAGGAAAAUAUACACCCUCAUCCAAGCCAAUCUUUUCCGCGAAAGCGUAGCGGUGUCGCUACAUAUUUUAUGCAUAAUUAAUAACAACAUUUGUCAGAGAUUUUAUCAAGUACAUAUUUUAAGAUGCUGACAUUUUAAUGUUACGCAAGGUAAUAGCAAUACGUAUACAUAAAUGAAUAUAUAAAUGAGUAUGUAAAUCAAUAUAUAAAUAUGAAUGUAUGUACCCUGCCGAAAUACCUUUUUAACAUUACCAAUUAUGAAAUAUGGGUACUACCUAUUUAUCUCCAAAUGAAUGAAAAUUGGAAAUUUUUA